AUGUUCCCAUGUGUUUGCUGGCUUCAACCUAUCCUCAUCUUGCUGUCCUCUGUCUCAUGGACCCGGGGGGAGAACUGUCCAGGAACCUGCCUGUGUCCAGAUCCUCAUACUGUGGACUGCAGCGGCCGCGGGUUGACCCGCCUACCCGACGAGAUCCCCUUGGAUGUUCGGAGGCUUUUGCUGGCUGACAACUGGAUACCCCGCAUCCCCUCCGAUUUCCUGGUUCUGUACAGUGACUUGGUUUACUUGGACCUCCGGAACAAUUCCCUCUCACUCAUCGAACCCGGGACCCUCAGCACCUCCUCGAGGCUGGUCUUCCUGGACCUAGGUAGCAACAAUUUAACCGAAAUCCCAAAGGGGACUUUUGGGGAGUCCCGCAGCUUGAUUAAACUAAGACUUGGAAACAACCCAUAUCUAAGCAUGGUGAGUGAGGACGCUUUCCUGGGCCUCACCUCUCUGCGAGAACUUGAACUGGAACGUAAUGCACUGUCUACUUUAAAGGUGGGGGCACUGAGUCAGUUGCCCUCCCUACGGGUGGUGAGACUGGAGGGCAACCCCUGGGUGUGCAACUGCAACUUUGCAAGCUUAUUUGAAUGGCUGAUGGAAAACAGCCACAAGCUUCCAAAUGGAGAGGAAACCCCUCUUUCUGCCUUGUUCUAA